UACCAGCAGCCGCCUCCCCCAGUGUCGCACCAAGCGCACGGUGGUGCCUACACUCCAGGCAGUUCUGUCGUUUCAUACCCCAGCCAGCCCUUCCAACAUCCCUAUCAACAACAGCCCGUGUCACCUCCCACGAGCUCUCUUUCAGCUCAAUCCGGCGGUUAUCAAGUCCCUGUAGGACAACAGCAGCCCAUUCCCCUUGGACAAGUGCAGCACCAAAACACCAUGCAAUACCAACAGCAGCAGCAGCCCAUGUAUGGUGGGCAGCAGGGUGUCGUCUAUCAGCAACAAGGACAAGGCAAUGGACAGCAGGACGGAACAAUGCAAACCAAAGGUGCCAUCGUCCCCGUGUCUGCCACGCCGCUGUCGCCUCUGAAUAGCUCCGAGGAUGGCGAAAAAGGCGAGAAGGAGUUCCCAAUCAAGCUCAAGGGUUCCCGUCACUUCUUCGAGCCUCGAAGCGUCUUUCGAUGGCGCAAUCCCGUGCUGUACCAGAAGCCCGGGUACAACUUUACCGACACUGAGACCAAGAUGAGACAUCGCGACUAUGCUGGUCGUGUCUCAUACAAGGCCCGGUCCGAUCGAUAUCUGCAUCACAAUGACGGCUACCUUCGCAACAUGUAUGUCGCAGCGACCGAUGACAUUUAUGAAGGGCCAGGAACUUCCACUUGGAAGAGGACCUAUGUACGCAAGGUUGCGCCUAUGAAGGUGCGAAUCGCAACCUGGGUCAUUGACUUUAGCUAUGACCCCCAGAGCUGGGAGGACUGGGGCAUCAUGGUGCUCAGAGCUCUUCCUGCGGCCAUUGCCAUGGCUCUUGUGUUCUGGGACGGUAAACCCACCGUUAUCAAGCGAAACCUCUGCUACGCUCCAGUCCUGUACAACUACCAUGGUGAUGCCAAGGUCUGGAGCAACCUGUUGGAGAACCGCAAGGGUCUCUCCCUCAUGGCCCGGAACAACCAGGUCUAUCGCAUGCUGCGCCCGCGAUACCUGUGCUUCCUUCGCGAGCCCUUCAACGACGAGAACAGGGGAGUCGACGUCCGCAGUGUUGUUGAGUGGGAGAACAGCGACGGUCGGGAUGCCAACCUGGCCUACCUGUUUGUCGCUUACUCGACUGAGCACUUUAGUCACAGCUCUGAGCAGGACAUGAUGGCUCUCCAUCACAUCGCCGAGACUGCUUGUCGAGCUGCGAAGCUGCCCGCGUACUGGAUUGCCUGCAGUUGCAUGCGUGAUGAGAGUGAGCUGGAGUCUGAUGUCUACCGCAUCUCUGAUGUUCUUCGCGGCUCCAGCAGUAUGAUAAUCGCUGUUGGAAGAGGUAAGACGGCGAUGUCCUCGGGCAAGGCCAACACGGAGUCUCUCCUUCGUGAAUGGGGCAGCCGAAUGUGGACCUUCCCCGAGGUUCUUCUCAGCCCCGGCCGAAGCAUCUCCAUCUAUACUCGCGACAGUGACCUGUCGUCUCCGCUGGUGGUUGCAAAGAACCAGUUCGCUGCUCAGGUCUGGACGUAUAUGGACCCAGAUGUGGCCCGUCACUUGAUUGACCACUACCUGGGCACCAUCAGCCUGAGCCGACUGGAACAAGCUGUUCUCGCCCUCAAGUGUCUGUACAGCCGUCACACAACCGAGUAUCUUCCCGGUGACCAGGCCUAUGCCCUCAUGGGUCUUCUGAGGCUUCGACCCCAGGUUGACCGAACCGACACUGCCUUCCAGGCUUUCUCCAGACUGUCUCUGGCCAAUGACUCGGAUAGACUCCUCGAGCGCUACAUCUGCACUCUGCCUGUGGACAAGGAUCAGCCAUGGUACAACAUGGAGGAUGCGUACGAGUCCUCGCUCUGGGAUAUCACUCCUUACUGCCAGGUGGCUGGUAUUGCAGAGAAUGACACCAUCGUCAUUGAUGGAGCUUGGGGCAUCUCCAUCCGCUGGAAGACCUUCUACCCCGUCUAUUGGUCAACUGGACCAUCCUGGAAGAGAUGGCUUGCUGGUCUCGCCGUCGAAUGGAAUGGUGCCUUCUUCAUCAUCGCCAUCGCUCUCAUUGCCACUGGCGCACAGGCUGGCCCAUACGGUGCAAGCACCAUCGCCCCUGGUGUGAUUUUCCUGCUCCUAUUCCUUUAUAUCUGGAUGGUCACACCUGGUCUGGUGCGAGUCAUCUAUGGCGGCAAGUUUGCCGACACCCAGGCUGAGAUGUUUGGCUUUGAGGGUCACCUCAACUCCCCAACCAUCGAACGUGCCAUCUUUGGCGGCAACUUUGGGAGAUUCUCCUGGAGCACCCAUGGAAGCCCUCUGAGCCGAAGCGUCAUUAACGAGUAUGGCGAGCGUGUUGGUAUUGACCCUUGCAAGGACCCCGAGAUCCGAAUGAAGGUUGAGGCGGCCAAGAAUGCCCGUCCUGGUGAAAAGAGGAUCUUCACCCUUGUUGACACCUACAACAUGGAGCUGACCCUCUUCGAGGCCGUCAGACCCCCCGUGACUCUCAUGUUCUGUGCCUCUGAGGGUGGUAUGCAGCGAGCCAUCGGAUGCUCAUAUGAGUGGGAGACGCAGACCAUGUACCGCGAGACGGUGCUGAGGAUGCCCACUACCGCUCUGAACCGCAUGGACCGAGUUCCCCGGUUCCGCCUUGGAAUCCAGCGUCCAGUGUACUCUUCUGUCCCAGCCACUACCGCUGCCCCAGGGAGUGCGGUUUAA